UUCUAGGUCCUUCCGGACCCUUCGCCAUUCCCCACAUCCUCCUGCCGCAGCUAUUCCCCACAAAUCGAGGGUCCUUUCACUCAUCGCCUCCCUCCCUUCAAGGCCUCCAUUCCCCCCACCAGCACCAGCACCAGCACCACCGCGCACCAUCGCCACAGACGUCACCGGCACCGGGUCCGACAGUGGCGAGGCCUAAUCUGCUGGAUCCGCCCCCCCACGCCGCUCUAUUGUCCGCGCCCGCGCCCGCACCCGCAUCGACCUCUGGAGUUCUGGUUCUGGCCAAUGAAGCUGCAUAUUACCAAGCCUAAAGUUGGAUAUGGAUUUGUGUAGUGUCACAGCUUCUGUGUUUAUGAUGAAAUCAGUUACCAGGGACACUUAACUUCUGCAAGUGUUCUGAUUCUGGGGCUUUUCUGUUAGAACUCCAAUAACCUGCGCUCAGAGUGUGCAGUUUUAGGACACCAGACCCUCCCCGCUGAACCGUGAUCAUCCUCUACCUCCACCUGAACCAGUCCCCACUGUUCCAUCUCUGGAGCUGUGCCUUCCCUGUUGCAUUUUGCCUCUGACCUCUAGUGGCUGAAAUGGAGCGGAUUGUGAGCUUGUCCAAGGGGGUGAUGGAACCCCUUCUUGGCAAGCUCACCAAUCUGAUGGGGGCUGAAUAUGCAAACAUGAGUGUGGUCCGUCAGCGUGUGUCUUUCCUCAAGCAUGAGCUCUGCGCUAUGAAUGCCGUUCUUGACAAAAUGGACCUUGUGGAUGAUCUAGAUCCGUCGGCGAAGGAUUGGAUGGGACAAGUACGGGAGAUGGCGUACGAUAUAGAUGAUUGUGUUGGCGAUUUCAUGGCCCAAAUCGGUGAUAUCAGUGCGGAGCAAGGCUUUGUUCUGAAGGUCACUAGAUAUCUUCGGACUUUGUGGGCACGUCGUGAGAUUGCUGUACAAAUAAAGGAACUCAAGGCUCGUGCUAUAGAGGUGAGUGAACGGCGCUUGAGGUACAUGGUCUCUGAUGACAAAGGAUCUAGUUCUAGUCUUGUUUCAGAUAAUAUUCAAUUAGCAAUUGAUCCUCGGGUGAUGGCACACUACCAAGGGGCAGCCUUGCUUGUGGGUAUAGAUGCUCAGAGAGCAGAACUUACGAAUUUGUUGAUGGAUAGUGAGGACAAACUCAAGGUUGUCUCCAUUGUUGGACUUGGAGGUGUUGGCAAAACAACACUCGCCAAAAUUGUAUAUGAUGACAUUAAAGGGGAUUUCGAUUGCAAGGUGUUUGUUUCAGUUUCCCAGCAACCUGAUUUGAGAAGUCUGCUUAGUGGCAUCCAUGUACAGCUUGGGAUAGAGGAGAACUCUCAUUCUUCUGAGAUAAAUGUCCUCAUUGACUGCAUCAAAAAGAAACUCACAAAUAAGAGGUACAUCAUUCUUAUUGAUGACCUAUGGGAUCAACCAGCAUGGGAUAUCAUCCGCUGUGCCUUUCCUGAAAAUAAUAAAAGAUGCAGAGUGAUGAUAACAACAAGAUUGAAAGAUGUGGCUUGCUGGGCGUGUUGCAAUUGUUAUCAUAACAUCUACAGUAUGCAACCUUUGAACUAUGCAGAAGCAAGAAUAUUAUUCUUUAAUAGAGUAUUUGGAUCUGAAAACGACCAUACAUCUCACUUUGAACUUGAAAAGGUUACUACUGAAAUAUUGAAGAAGUGCGGCGGAUUGCCACUUGCAAUUACUGCUGUGGCUAAUAUAUUAGCAACUUGUCCAGCAAGAUUGAGUGACUGGAUGAACAUAAACAACUCUAUGUCCUUACAGUUUGCCACAAAUCCCAGUCUGGAAGGUAUGAAGCAGAUACUCGGCAUGAGCUAUAAGCAUCUUCCUCGGCAUCUUCGUCCAUGCCUUCUGUUUCUUGGGCUGUACCCGGAGGAUUGGGUGGUUGAAAGAGAUGUUCUGAUUCAUGAAUGGAUAGCUGAAGGCCUUGUGAGCGAUAUACAUUUGGGACAGCUAUGCUUGGAGAAUGUCGCGAAGAAAUAUUUCAACGAGCUUGUCAACAGGAAUCUGCUCCAGCCCGUUAGAACUGAACACGGGGAGGUUUUAUCUUGCAAAGUUCACGAUAUAAUGCUUGAUCUCAUACUAACCAAGUGUGCUGAAAACGAUUUUAUCACCGUAGCACACAACUAUGAGGAUAUAGAACGGCUGCAUCAGUAUAAGGUUCGCCGUCUGUCUCUGAGGUUGAGGGAUGGUGGCACGACACUUGAAAGAAUACCAGAGACAAUUUCUGAGAGCCUUGCACAUGUCCGUUCGCUUGCUUGGUUUAAAAUAUCUGCAUACACACCUAACCUCUCUCUGUUUAAGUAUCUGAGAGUGUUGAUCAUUUAUGCUGGUACAGGGGAUACAGUUGACCUCACUGCUAUCAGUGUAUUGUUCCAGCUAAGGUACUUGAGGGUUUCAACACCAGAAGAUGCACGUGUAGGGUUCCCCAAUAAAAUUCGGGAACUCGUGAACUUAGAGACAUUUCAUAUUCACGGUGAUAAAACCUCAGUAAUCCCAUCAGACAUAUUUCUGCUGCCACGCUUGUUACAUCUAAUGGUUCCACAUGAAGCAAGGCUUCCUAAAGGGAUUGGCAAGAUGAAAGCACUGCACACUCUGUGUGGGUUUAAGUUUAGCUUGAAAGAUAUUGAGAGUCUUGCUGAGCUGACCAAUUUGAGGAUCUUGAAGCUGUGCUACAUUGCCAACUUCGAUAUUGGGACAGCAGGAGUUGAUGCUUUGGUCUCCUCUCUUGAGAAGCUCAUUAACCUUAAAUAUCUAGCUGUAGAUGGCAGGACUGGUAGGAAUGGACCUCUAUGGAUUAAAGAUGAAGACAACCGACUCCAUGCAUUAUCCGAUCCUCCUACUCAUAUUGAGGUUCUCAAACUGGAAUACUGGAUGUUAUACAGAAUUCCCAACUGGAUUGGCGUUCUCAUGUGCCUGCGCUGUCUAACAUUGCAUGUCAACAUGAUGCCGGCUGAGGAUGUAUAUCUUCUUGGAAGGCUGCCUUCCCUCGUCGAGCUCCAUUUGUUUGUAGUGCAUAUCCCUGUGGACAAGAUUGUUGAAGUUGGCGCAGGAUUAUUCCCAGUGCUGGAGAUCCUUCAAAUAGAGAAUGAACAUGGAAAUGCUAUGACGUUCUUGCGUUCUGAGACAGGGAGCAUGCCAAAGCUUCAACAACUCUUCCUACUUCUGCCGAGGGGAGAGUGGAGGGGUACUACACCAGUGGGGAUGGAACACUUGUUAAGCCUGAAGGGAAUGUAUGCCAUUUGGAACCGCUCCAGUGGUCAAUGCUUACGUGAAGCCCGGGCUGCCUUCAGUAAGGCGAUAGAUUUGCACCCUGGGCAUCCGUCAUUUACUAUUCUCUACUGCCCGCUCGUUUCCAAUGGUUAUCUCUUUGCAACAUUCGGUUCGCCUCUUGUGUAGAAACUUCCUGGUUUCCCUCAUAUGGUUCUGUUUUUUUUUUCCUUUUUGUAUUUUGCUGAGUACUCAUCAGGUACUAACGGAAGAUCUUUCACUUAUUCAUGUGUCCUGAUGUGUUUUCCCUUCUUCCAUAAA